AUGGAAGAACUAGACAUCGAUCUCAAAAUCCCUGAGCCUUUACGAGCCGACUGGUUCAUGGCUCUUGUCGACAUCCAAGCCGAUCUCAUCUACAACGCACUCGUGGUCCUAACCUCACCUCUGUUCCUCCUCUACCGAUCAUACCGCCGCGCAACCGCCACGGUCUCCGCAGCGGAAAAAGCGGUUAAACGGGUCCCGUCUCGGAUAAAGGGUGGCGCGGCGCGGGUAAUUAGGAGGACGGGGUUUGGUUUAAUGGGUGCAUGCCACGUGUCAAUGGUGAUGGUGGUGGCGAUGAUCGUGGCGGCUGUUAUCGGUGUUGGGAUUGUGAAUUUGUACUUAGAAAAGCCUGUGGUUGUGAGAGAGAGACUCUUCUUCGACUACACUGAAGACAACCCAAGUGCAGUUUUUAGCUUCGAUAAGAGGAAGAGACCGUUUGGUGUUCCUGUUGGCCACAAGCUUCAUGUUUCGUUACUUCUUUGGAUGCCUGAAUCUGACCUCAAUCGAAGACUUGGUUUAUUUCAGUUGAAAGUAGAGCUUCUAUCAUUGAAAGGGGAGACAAUCGCGAGAUCGAGCCAACCUUGUAUGUUACGGUUCAGAAGCAAACCCAUAAGACUUGCACGAACAUUUGUGAUGAGUGUCCCACUUGUUGCCGGAAUAGCAAACGAAGCUCAAACAAUGAGAGUCGAUGCGUUAACGCACCAAGAGAAAUGGCCCAGGACAAAAGCCGUGAGAGCCACUCUAAUCCCGCGUGCACAUACUUGGACACUGCCUCAGUUAUAUGAAGCCGAGAUCGUUAUAAACUCGAAUCCGCCAUGGAUGAAACGAAUGGCUUAUAACUGGAAGUGGACUCUCUGCGUUUGGACUUCAAUGUACAUAUACGUCGCUGUCCUAAUGACGCUUCUGUGGUAUUAUAGACCACUCUUGUUCCCAUACAUUGCCUCAAGAACGGCUGCAGAGAUCGAACUAGUCGAAGAAGAAGUAAUAAAAACAACAAGAUUGAGGGAAAGAAGAAACAAGUCUCGUCGAAGAACUUUCACUACGACACAGGAAACUUAUAUAGAGUAA